ACAUAUAUACAGUAAAUAAUGUGAAAGGGCAUCUGUCUCUCUCUCUCCUCUCUCAUCAUUCAGAUCGUUUAUCUAAUCUACAACUGAACUAGAACUAGAGCCGUUCUUUUCUCUCUCUCUGUUAUACUUUCUUUUCAUCUUUGCAAACAAAUUACUAAACACACAGGAACAGGGGUUUUUGUUUUCUUUAUUUUCUUUUAUUGCUUGUUGUUGUGUUAAAGAAAUGCGAAAAUUAUUGUAAAAAUAUAAAGGAAAAAGAUGAAGGUUAGGCAUAUAGUGUUGUGUUUGCUGUCGGUUUCCGUCAUUGCCCCCAUCUUUCUUUACACUGAUAGGGUCGGCACCUUCCUCAGCCUCUCUUCUUCAAGACGCAACUUUCUUGAUGAUAUUGCAGCUUUUACGCUGUCCGGCGAUACUAGGCAUCUCAAUGUUCUUCCCCAGGAAACUUCCACCGUCCUCAAAGAACCGGUUGGAAUCGUAUAUUCUGACCACUCUACCAAUUCCUUUUCCAACGAUUUCCAAACGACAAACACGAGGGAGCAUAAAUCAACACGAAUGCUUUCUGCUACAAAUGAAGAACGUCAAACCCAAUUACACAACCCCGUAGCAAUUAGACAGGUCACCGAUCCUGCUUCUGCGAAUCUCACCCCUACCCUCGAUUCCCAUUCCAGUGCAUCUAACCACUUGGCUAUAAAACUUGAGCAACAACCCACUCAGUCGUCUGGCAAGAUUGAUCAGAAAGGGCAUUCAGAUAACAAAUCUGACAGAUUGACUGAACCAGCAGAUGCUAAGGUACGCCACCUCAAGGACCAGCUCAUCCGUGCAAAAGUCUACCUCUCUCUUUCACCCAUUAAGAACAACCCACAUGUUACAAGGGAGCUUCGAUUGCGGAUUAAGGAAGUUUCACGUGCUCUUGGUGAUGCAGCCAAUGACACUGAUCUGCCAAAAAUUGCCUUUGAAAAAUUGAAAGCAAUGGAGCAAUCAUUAGAAAAAGUUAAGCAGAUUCAAGAUGACUGUGCUGCUAUGAUCAAGAAGCUUCGGGCUAUGCUCCACUCAACUGAAGAGCAACUCCGAGCGCACAAAAAACAGACCACGUUCUUGACACAAUUAAAUGCAAAAACACUUCCCAAGGGUCUUCAUUGCCUACCUUUGCGUCUUACUACCGAGUAUUAUUCCUUGAAUUCUUCACAACAGAACUUUCUAAAUCAAGAGAAAUUAGAAGACCCCUGGCUGUACCAUUAUGCACUUUUCUCGGAUAAUGUAUUAGCAGCAGCAGUUGUUGUAAACUCAACUGUCUCCCAUGCUAAGCACCCUUCAAGUCAUGUUUUCCACAUUGUUACGGAUAGGCUUAAUUAUGCGGCAAUGAAGAUGUGGUUUCUAGGUAAUCCACCAGGGAAAGCCACUAUACAGGUGCAGAGCAUUGAAGAAUUUACAUGGUUAAACUCAAGCUACAGUCCAGUCCUUAAGCAGUUAGGUUCUCCUUCCAUGAUUGAUUAUUACUUCAGGGCAUAUCGGGCUAGUUCUGAUUCAAAUUUGAAGUUCCGGAACCCAAAAUAUUUGUCUAUCCUGAACCAUCUUCGGUUUUACCUACCCGAGAUCUUCCCAAAGCUCAAUAAAGUGUUGUUCCUAGAUGAUGAUAUUGUUGUCCAGAAGGACCUUAGUGGUCUUUGGUCUCUUGAUUUGAAGGGCAAUGUUAAUGGUGCUGUUGAGACUUGUGGGGAAAGCUUCCAUCGGUUUGAUCGGUACCUUAACUUCUCAAAUCCUUUAAUCUCAAACAACUUCGACCCACAUGCUUGUGGAUGGGCAUAUGGAAUGAAUAUUUUUGAUUUGGAGGAGUGGAGGCGGCAAAACAUCACAGAGGUAUAUCAUAGAUGGCAGAAGCGGAAUCAUGACAGGCAAUUGUGGAAUUUGGGGACGCUGCCUGCUGGCCUCAUAACAUUUUGGAAACGCACUUUUCCCCUUGACAGAUAUUGGCAUGUGCUCGGGCUUGGUUACAAUCCUAAUGUCAAGCAGAGGGAGAUUGAGCGAGCUGCUGUUAUACACUAUAAUGGCAACUUGAAACCAUGGCUGGAGAUAGGCAUAUCCAAGUAUAAAAACUAUUGGGCAAAAUAUAUAGAUUAUGAUCUUACGUAUUUGCGAGAUUGCAACAUCAAUCCGUAGAAAGUCUACAUGGGAUAUCCUUAACAUUAAAGUUUCGUGGUGACCUAUUUUGGGUAUGCAUAUUUGCGAGUCUACAUCACUUUGUUGGUUUUUCUGUUCGGAGGUAUCGGGUUGAAUUUUUCUUGUGUACAUUGUCAAUUCUGUUUUUUGAUUUUUUGGUUUCUUGCCACAAUGUGUGACAAGUAACAUUGAUAUGGCUAUUUUUAGCUACUUAGGUGGAAAUGCAGGUGUAUUCGUAUAUGAUUGGUAAUCGAGAUGCUGCUUUUUAUUUUCUUC